AUGUCCAGUGUUCCUUCAGGCGUCGCAGCCACAGAGGGCGUGGGUGGGAAUCGAGCGGGCCGCCAGCUGCAACUUGCAGAUCUCCGCAACGAUGACCAUUUCCCUGCAUUUGACGACCUGUCGCCCAAUUUCUACGCUGGGGAUCCCGAUGCCUCAGAUGAUGAGAUCGGCGGCGGGCCAGCCAACUGGUGCUUCCUGGCUGAGAUACUCGACGCCGAAAACUUCACCCGCGUCAGACUCGUUGUUCGGGACAAGGAGGGUGCCAAAGUUGUGCUCGCUUUUUAUACUGAGGACCGGGGCAACGAGCUGAAGCGCUCUCUGCUGCGGCCUGGAAAUACGGUGGCCGUCUUGCGUGCUCGAUCGCAUCAGUUCCUCGACUCGUCAGUUGGAGUCCGCCAGGAGAAAGAGAAUGCAGUCAAGAUCAUCACUGCGACUCUGACCGAGCUACUCCGACUCAGCGACAGUGUCCGCAUAUACUCGAAGGAUGCUGCUGGAAAAGUUUGCCACGGGUGCGAUGAAGAGAAGAAGCCUCUUCUCAGGUGUGCCAAAUGCGCCAUGUUUUGGUAUUGUGGACGGGACUGCCAAAUGACCGGCUGGAAUGAGAAGGGCCACAAGCGCGACUGUAAAAUCAUCAGGGACAACGACCUGCGCUCUUUCUUCUUGUUUAACUGGACAAGUUCCCAAGCGAAGCCCAGAUUCCCUCUACCUGCUCCGACAGCGGGAUGA